AUGUUUUCACUCACGACGGUUCAGCAUCCGACCAGAGACUGUACCAAGCCACAGGUCAUGCUGCUGGAUCCUCUGAGUGGUAAACGGGUUAUCUUUGGUGCGAUCCCCGAGGGCUCUCAGCGAGUGAGCUCUGAAAGGUCAACAAGACUUUCAAAGCUGACAAAGGUAUUUUUGACAGGAACAAUAUCCUGGAAGUCACUAUCUGGCUUGCCCGGAAUGAUCCUGACGGUUGCUGACCAAGGCUGCAAACAGUUGGACGUUUAUCAUGGCGAUUCCAAAGUGCUCCAUCUGGCCUUUGCUACAUGGAGAUACUUUGUGUUCAGAUUUGGACUGAAAAUUCAGCUCAAUGACGGCUCUUCAAAUGACAAGUCGGCCUUUUUCAAGUUUAGGACUGUCAAUGUGACGAAGCCAGAGACUUUGGAGUCUGGGAUUUCGGUAUUCGAUUUUAAGUUUCUGAAGGGCUUGGUGAGUAAGAUCUUUCCAUUAGCAGGAGAGUCCAAUCAGACCGCCGAUGACGCUGCGGUUAAACAGGAAUUGCCAAAAGCUUCCAGGUCAAAUGUGUCCUCGAACUAUAUCGUGAAAAUGAACUCUUUGAAGAGAAAGUACGUUCCAGAGCUGGUAAAGAAGUACGGUCUGAAAAAGGAAGACUUCCAGAGUCUGGCUGCUGGAAGGCCAGCAAUAUUGCAAGAUGGAACCGAGAUUACGCUUGAGUCUGUAACUAUGCCUGGAAGAACUUUUGAUAAUGUUUUGUUCCUGGAUAUUCCUGAACCUGAUCUGGUAGGACCAACCAUGAAUGUCAAUUGGUUCGAAGAGGCCAGUGGUUUGUGCGAUUCCGAGCAGCGUGUGAAAUUUCAAUUGGUGUACCAUUUCAUUGACAUAAAUGCUAUGCAAGAUCCGUUGCAAGAUUCUGAGUAUGUCAAGUUCAUACAAUCUUUUGGGCCUCAUUGCAAGCAUGUCAUCUCUCACCCAAAGUACUGCAUGGAUACGUUGAACUUUGAGUCUGCUUCAGUCAUUACACUGAAGCUGCGGAGUCUCGAUGCAAGAUCAGCACCUCUCCCACUGUUUGAUUCUUGCUGUAAUUCCAUUUCAAUGGAGAAUAUAUACCCUCUCACUAGCGGUCAGACUUUCAAGAUCCUCCCAUUUGGAGAGACGGAGAUGGAAAAGAUUUGGGAGUUGCGGAGCGAAAAAGGCGAGGAAUAUUGGGAAAAACUAUAUGAUGAUUAUGUGGAACCUUUUGAGGGCAAGCUGGAGUCCAGAGAAGCGGUUUUGGGUCUGGAAGAACACCAACGGGAACCUAAUUCUUCGCUCAAGGAUAGUGUGGAGAUCACAGUUUUGGGAACGGGAAGCGCAUUACCUAAUAAGUACAGAAACGUGAUUUCCACAAUGUUGAGACUACCAAUACUCGGGGGCUCUACCAGAGUGAUCCUUGACGCUGGUGAAAAUACCUUGGGUACUCUGUGUAGGAUGUACUCCCCCGAAAAACUCACCUCCGUCUUUCGCGAACUGAAGGUCGUCUAUCUGAGUCAUCUACAUGCCGAUCAUUUGCUGGGGAUAUACUCAAUUAUCCAGGAAUGGUGCAAAGUACAAGCCAAAACUGGUGGAAACGAGGAGCUAUUGGUCAUCUGUCCAGAUAGGUUCCAGAACUUUGUAAGGGAGUGGAACCAGAUCGAGCCUGAGCAUAUCGAUCUUGACAGAGUCAACUUUGUGGAUUGUGCUUCUUUGUUGAUGAACAGAGAACUUGAUCAGCAGACAGCAGCCUUAGUGAACCGGUUUGGAAUAGAGAGGGCAAAAACGUGUCUCGCCAACCAUUGCGAUCGCGCCUACUGUGCCGUCAUUGAUUUCAGGUUGGAAGGUCAAAGCGGUGAAUCUGAUAGUUUCAAAGUUUCCUAUUCGGGAGAUACCAGACCUCUCGAGAAAUUCAUUGCACUUGGCAAAGGAUCCAAUCUGCUGAUCCAUGAGGCAACACUCCAGGAUUCACUAUACCUGGAUGCUAUCAAAAAAAAGCAUUCCACCAUAUCAGAAUCACUCCAGGUGGCCAGACUCAUGGAGUGUGAAAAAGUCGUUCUGACUCAUUUCUCGCAACGGUAUUCAAAGCUACCAGAGCUGGAAACUGUGGAUAAAGAUCCCACCAGCGAUGUCGCCCUCAAAGAAUCAAAGUUGUGUCAGGUGCAUGCCACUGCGGACCCUGUGGUGUUUUUUGCAUUUGACAAUAUGAACGUCACUUUCGGGAAUUUGGCUUCGCAAAUGAAGACCUUUAAACGUCUUGGGUUCAACAAGAUUGGCCAAUUCUUCGAUAAUGAUGAUGAAGAGCCCAACAAAAGGCAAAAGGUCUAG